AGGUUUUUGAUACCAUCCAUAAACUCUGCUUCUUCCUGUGUCUACUGUUUGUUUGUUUGUCUGUUGAUGUUUGUGCUGCAAAGCUCAAACGUACGUACCCCUCCCACACACACAGUGUAGUUUGCUGUCACUCAUUCAGGGGUUUCAGUUCAUCUUAACUGCUAUUCGAACAGUCAUCGCAGCAAUGCCACGCGGCAGGGACGAUGACGACAACAACUCCGCCGACGGCUCUCUAUCCGCCCCGCCGGAUGCCCCCUCCACGGAGCAGUACCAGCCCGUCCAUUCACGCCACUCCGGUCGGAGGGCACAAGGGGGAAGUGGUGGCAGAGGCGCCGCAGACAACCUCGACGCCUAUCACGCUCGUUUCAUUUCAUUUAACUCCGAAACGGACGUGCACGACGAGGACGAUGACACGCUAACGAUGCCGGUACCAGACAGCGUACGAGCUGCCAAAGUGCCUUCGGUGCCACCGCCGAUACACCCACUAGAACAGCAGCAGCAACAGCAGCAGCGGCGCCCUUCACCUUUACCUUCAUCAGCGCAAGAGCAACGGACACUCAUUCCCCUUCAUCCGUCUCCUAGUGCAGGGCCGCUGCCCUUACGUAGAACACCGUCACCGUCGAAGCAGCCCGUGCCCUCGCGGAAGACCCCAACAACAGCGACGGUGCAGCAGCAGCAGCAGCACUAUUUUGCACCGUCGUCGUCGCCUGCGGUGACGCGUGUCUCACCGCCUCCGCGUUCUCCUCCGCCGGCGAUGGCCUCGUCUCCUCGCGCUCCUCCGCCACACCCAGUGGAGGCCCCGCCUUCCGCUUCGGCCGCGCCGCGGGCAAACAUUGCAGACAGCAGCGGUUUUCACUUCACCACACGACAGGCGAACCCACCGGCGGUGUCGUUGAUGAAGGAUCCUGCACACACAUCACCACCAUCUCCUGCUCCUCACGUGGCGGCUGCUCAUCCACUGCUGCCGUCUCCGAAUUUUAUGCUGUCUCCGCCCUGCCCGACGCCUGCGAUCCUCCUACGGGAACAGCAACGGCAGCAGCGACGGCGCUCUCCGCAGAGAACCGCCGGUGCAGGGCAGCAGCAGCAGCAACACGAAGCACUGCUGCUUCCUCCACCCUAUGAUCGCCCUUUAUCUCCACCAACAGCAGCAGCAGCGCCGAGCGCGUCCCAUCUUCUCGCUCCACACCCAAACCCCUCCAACUCCGCCAGCGCUGCGCAGUGGCAGCUGAGCUCCCCACCGGACCGGGCACGCGCAGAGCACGACACCGCUGCGAGAGGGGCCGUCUUCGACUACGCCUCGGAAGCCGUGAACACUCUCGAGCAGCAGUACGGCGAUGCCCUGCAGCGCCUCAACACGAUGCACCGCCUGUACGACCGCCUCGAUGGACAGAAUCGCGUGCUCGAGGAAGAGGUGAUCCGUCUGCGCCGCGUCAACGACGUGCUCAACAAAGGCGUUGCUUUCAACGUCUACAACAGUGUGCGACAGGUGAAGCACGAGAUGAAGCUACUCAGGCAGUACGUCGCGGUGCUUUGCACAGGCUUCAACAACAGCAUGCAGGCCCUUCAGCAAGUGGUUGCCGAAGACGUGCCGCGGCUGCUCGGGAAGGACGCCGGCUACACAGCGCUGCUGCCUUACGGGGUGCAAGGUCGCCUGCGAUCUAUGGAGACGCGCGUGUCGGUCGGCAGAGGCUCGAGUCAGCAGGAUGCAUUUGCCAUGUCACCGCCGCAGCUGUCGCGGGACUCGAUGAUGGGAGGUCCGAGCACAAGUGGCAGUGGUGUGAGUGCUGCGGCGGAGCAUCAGCUGUACCAGCCGGAUUACUGGUGGAACGCCAUGUCGCCGCAACCUCUGCGGCCACCGAGUACGCAGGCGGCAGAGGCAGACCAGCCGCCACAGCAGCAAACAAGCGCUAGCGAAAUGAACCGCGUGGGAGGUGGCUCUGACAGCGACGGUACGGAAGGACUGACCGGCGACCACCAGGCGUUGUUCGAGGUGAAGGAAAGUGGACAGCAAGGUGCGGUCUCACAAGACGUGGUGUCGUUUGAGGCCUACCGGCGCGUGCAGGCGGCCCUCGCGGAGGCGCGGCGGCGAGUCGUCGAGUUGGAGCAGCGGAGUGCACAUCACCAGUCCGAUUACGAGGCACGCGUGGCGCAGCUGAAGGUGGCCCACCGAGCACGGGAGGCGCGGCUCGCAGACGAGUUGGCGUUGCUGAAGCGAGUGGAACCGAUCACCACGGAGAGCGACGCUUCGCUACCGCAGACAACAACAGCAGCGAUGUCGGUGGACGUGAACGCUCUCGCCCAGCUCCUCGCCAUCUUUCAAAAACAGCAGCAGCAGCAGCAGCAGCAGCAGCAGCAGCAGACGACAACUUCCGCGACUGUAGCCUCAGCCAGCCUCCCCUCCAACACACAUCGUCCGUGUGCGGAGCGCACCAUUGCCUUCUCCAGCAACUCCGCUGAUGUGGAGGGGCGCGGGCGCGAGGACGAGGACGAAGGAGAGGGGAGAGAAGACAACGCGGACGACGGGAUGGUGGAUAGUCGCGAUCCACACAGCAGCAGCGGCGGCAGCACCCAUGGGAACAACAGUGAAGACGGGAACUUUGAUUGUUACUACGGCAACCGCGAUCCUCGUGAAAGCUACGAGCGGACAAGCCGACGCAUUGUGCGGGCCACCGCAGUCGACAGGGACCGCCCGUCCACCGUCAGCGGCGACGACGGACGUUUGCACCGGCCAGACCGCUACUCCGCCACCGCCGCCGCGCGUUGGUCGGAGCGGGCGCGCCAGGUGCUAGGCGACGAUGAUGCACCAAUCACAUCGACAGAGCGCAGGCCGCGUUCCUUUGCGUAUGACCGUCUCAUGGACCACCGUGAUGUUCCUGUAGGGCCCUCCACGUCCUCAGCGAGGCGAGCAGGAAAAGCGAGUCCACAAAAUGCUUCGGUUCGUGGGCGUAGUCAAAAGCGGGAGAAGGAAGGUGCACCUUGUCGCCGUGGCGAUGGUGGUACAAGUAAAAGUAGAAGUUGUGGCCGGCGCGGCGUUGACCUGCACAACGUGGACCCGGCACUGCUGCAAUCCGUGUUGGACCAGCUGGCCCUCAGCGGGAACAACGGAGGUCGAACGUACGCCUCCACGUCGGCGGCGAGGUCGAACGCGAAGGUGGAUCGUCUUGCUCAGGGGCUGUGGGCGCAGGAGAUGCUAAAGGAACGCAACUAUAUAUAA